ACGGGCUGAUCUGCAGCGAUAGAGCGAGUGUAGACUGAACUAAGAGAGAGAGAGGCGUGGCUUCUGAUCUCCUUCUCUCUAUUGGACACUGGCAGCAUCAAUCAUCCGUGCUGCUCACUGAUUGGUCAAACCUCUCGCGCGUGUUUCAUCAUUAUUCCGCUUAGUCACUUUGCUGGAGCGAGUAAAGUUUUUUGCUGCCCGAGGCUGUUCUGAGUUCUCCCGCAGUGGCCGCUCUUGCAGCCGGUUCUCCCUCCUCCACAGCCGCAGACCCGCACAAACUCCCGAUGGAGGACACAGACCGAGCCUCCUCCGCCGCACUGGGCUCCGCGCCGCAUGAGGAGUCUGGCAAUGAAGCCUCCGCAGCCGGUCAAACACGCGCCGACGAGCCGCUGCUGGACGCGGAGGAAACUAGAGAUGAGCAGGUUACUGAAGUGACUAGCACUCAGCAGAUAACUGAGGUAAAUACAGCUCCACAGACAGCUGAGGUAACUAGUGCUGAACAGAUAACUGAGGUAACUAGUGCUGAACAGACUAGUUUAACACCGACAACUGAGGUAAAUACAGCUCAGCAGACAGCUGAGGUAACGUUAACUAACGUUAGUGCUGAACAAAUAACUAAGGCUGAUCCACAGAUAACCGAACAGACUGAUAUAAGUUUAACACAAACAACUGUGGUAACUAGUCCUGAACAGGUUACUGAGGUAACUAGUACUAGUCCUGAACAUGUUACUGAGGUAAAGGCUGAUCCACAUAUAACUGAGGUAACACAGAUAACCGAAGACACUAGUUUAACAUUACCAACUGAAGCAACUAGUCCUGAACAGGUAACUGAGGUAAGGGUUGAUCCACAGAUAACUGAGGUAACUAGUUCAACACAAGUAACUGAAGAAACUAGUUUAACACAGAUAACUGAGGUAACUAGUCCUGAACAGGUAAGUGAGCUAAAGCCUGAUCCACAAAUAAGUGAAGAGACUAGUUUAACGCAGACAGCCGGAGUAACCAGCGUUAGUCCUGAACCGAUAACUGAGAUAACUAGUGCUGAACAGACAAGUGAAGAGACUAGUUUAACACAGAUUAGUGAAGAUGUAACCGAAGAGACCAGCGUUCCUCCAGUUAGCGGUCCUCCUCCUCCUCCUCCUCAUCAUCCAGCAGCGGCGGCUCCUCCUCCUGACCGCAGCCCGGCUCCGUGCAACGCCCGCCCGCCCGAGCCCUGCGGAGAGCCGCACUCAGAGCUGCCGCCGGCCGGAGAGCCUGAAGUUUCCGUCUCCGUCUUCCAGACUCUUCCGUCAGAACGCUGCCGUUCGCUCGUGUCGUCCGCUGGUCUCGCCAUGGAUGCGUUUGGACGAGAGCCCUCAGCGACCUCUGACCCGGAUCUGCUCAGUCCAUCAGAUGAUGACCUCAUGCUGGAGAUGAAGAGUUCUGCAGGACUGGAGGAGUCGAGGUCGGUGUCGGACAGCCCGUCUCCAGACCUGCUCCAGGAUGCAUAUGAGGAUCUGCAGACCCCAGGAGCACUGUCCGCCGCUGAGCCCCCGAACCCUGAGCAGCGGCCAGUGGCUCUGCCCGACAUCCUGCAGUCCUCCCCGCUGAACCCAGAGAAACUGGACUCCGGCUCCUCAGAGGGCAGCCCUGACUGCAGCCCGGCCCACCGCUGCUCCCCGAACCCCCCGCUGUCUGCGGCCGGCAGCCCCGACUCCAGGAUCCUGCUUCUGCGCGAGAUGGUGGAGGAGACGGAGGCGCGUGCCGUGGAGAAGGUGCAGCAGGAUGUGCAGCAGGAGGUGCAGCAGGAGGCGCAGGCACAGCUGGAAAAGCAGGUGCAGCAGGAGUCACAGCAGGGGUGCACUGUGCUGGAUCUCCUACAGGAGGCGCCGGCGCACACACAGACUCUCCCGCCGCCGCCGCAGCAGCAGACCGACGCUCCGGCAGAGCUGCUCCAGGGUCUGCAGUUCUCCAGCGGGCCGCAUGUGGAGCUCUGGGACUCCAGCCCAUCAGCGGACUCCUUCUCCCCGGUGCUGGAUGCGGAGCAGCAGAAACACUCAGAGAACACACACUCGCACACACACAUCAACGCGGCAGACGAGGAGCAGGAGCCGUCGUCUUCUGAGGAGUUUGAGUUUGUGGAGCGGCCGGCGGCAGGAGCUGCGGAGGAGUUUGUGGAGCUGCAGGACGGCCUGACCUCCAUCACCGCUCCACCUCCUGAAGCUGCGGAGGCUCCAGAGCAGAAGCAGAGCUCCACCUGUCUGCUCAGCCCGGCUGAAGGUGGAGGUCCUGCGGAUGGAGAGGAGCGGUCAGACGUACAGCAGACCUGUCCUGCAGGACACACCGCUGGAGCUCCGGCCGAUCCCACAGCAGUGCUGCAGCUGCUGUACUGGCGUGACGUGCGUGCGAGUGCGCUGGUUCUGGGCUCGCUCCUCCUCCUCCUCCUCUUCCUCAGCUGCUGCAGCGUCAUCAGUGUGUUGUCCUACAGCGCCCUCUGCCUGCUGACGCUCACACUCUCCACACGCGUCUUCACAGCGGUGCUACAGGCCAUGCGGAAGACGGAGGAUGGGCAUCCCUUCAGGCAGUAUCUGGAGCGGGACGUGCUGCUGUCUGCUGAUGCGGUGCACACACACUCUGAGGCUCUGCUGCGGCGCAUCAACACUGCACUGGUGGAGCUGCGGCGGCUGUUCCUGGUGGAGGAUCUGGUGGACUCGCUGAAGUUGGCAGUGGGUCUGUGGCUCCUUACCUAUGUGGGCUCCUGGUUUAACGGCCUGACGCUCCUCAUUAUCGCUUUGAUUGGAGCGUUCAGCGGCCCGAUUGCCUAUGAGAGACAUCAGUCAGAGAUCGAUCAGUUCAUUUCCAUGAUCAACACUCAGAUGAGAGAGGCUUUGGGGAAGGUUCUGGCGAUGGUUCCUGGAGGGAAGAAGAAGUCCGACUGAGAUCAUCUUCAUCUUCAUCAUGUGUUCUUCUGUGACUGAAGGAUAAUCAGAUGUUUAGUAGAAUGUGUUUGAGCGUGUGUAUGCGGAGGUGUGUUUCUCUGUGCUGACGGUUGAUUCCUGACUGUGUUCAGCUCCGCCAGUGAGAAAGUGUGACUGUCCAGACUGUGUAACCUGUUUACACACACACACACACACACACACACACACACACACACACACACACACACACACACACACACUCUGAUGUUGCCUGAACUCUGCGAUGCGUUUUCUCUUGUUGAUGAUAUUAAUAAAGCUCUGCUGGUCUUGAU